AUGGCGACUCUCACCAUGCAGCCGAUCGGUCCCACCUCCGCUCCGGCUGCGCAGGAAGACCAGAGGCGAGUGCUCUUCUUGCUUCCCUUGCUGUUUCCCUUUCCUAGAUUGGCACCCAACAAGGGGGAGAAUCCUCCUACCGUGGAUGCUACCGAUUUGAGUGACAUCGACUCGGGCUGGGUUAUCCUCAAGAACUCGGAUAUUGUUUCCGCGGAUUUGGCAGCCGCCGCCGUCAGUGGCGGUCAGCGUCUAGGCUCUUCCACGCUUCCUAGCUGGGCACGGUGGGUUCUUGGAGGUGUGGUGUACACGGUCGUGCCAUUCUACAACAGAGUUAGGUAUCUCGAAGGCGAGACAGUGGGGUUCGUGGAGAAUGCUGUGGAGGUUGUGGAGCAUAUAGCUGAAGUAACAGAGAAGCUAGCUGCGAAUGUGGCUAAGCAACUUCCUGAAGAUGGGUCUCUGCAGAAAGCAGUAGAGGAGGUUGAGCACAUUGCUGAGGUAGUGGAUGAUGAUGCAGAGAAGUUUGAAGCAGUCGCUGAAAAGAUCGACAAGGUCAGUGAUGAGAUUGAUGCUGCUGUGGAGCCGGUCAUCGAGGAGCUUGAAAAGGAACUCGAUCAGAGUACAACGUCCGACAAUGGAGUUAACACAAAGAAUUGA